CAGAGUUUGUGGUUUUUAUUUGUUUUACUUUUUACAGGAGAAGCUUUUGAUACAACUCAACCCAUAUACCAGGCGGUGGCUAAUAUGAUCUGCUCAAUUGUUUAUGGGAGGAGAUUUGAAUAUGAUGAUGCAGAGUUUACAUCACUGGUACAUCGAGCAACCAGAUAUAUCCAACUCCUGGGGUCCCCGUCAAUACAGGUGUUUAACAUGUUCCCAUGGAUCGGUAAAUGGAUUGCUGACAGAAAGGAACUUCACAUGAUAACUGCUGAGAACCAGAAACAGACUCAGCAAAUGUUUAGUCGUUUGAAAGAGACCCUCAAUCCACAGAUGUGCAGAGGAUUUGUGGACGCCUUUCUGCUCCGAAAGCAAAAUCUGGAGGAAUCCGGGAUCACAGAGAGUCACUUCCAUGAUAAAAACCUGAUGCAUACGGUUCUUAAUCUCUUUGCUGCUGGCACUGACACAACAGCAUCUACACUGAGAUGGGCACUACUAUUUAUGGCCAAGUAUCCAAAAAUACAAGACCAGGUCCAGGAAGAGCUGAGCAGGGUGGUAGGAAGUCGUCAAGCCCAGGUAGAGGACAGGAAGAGCCUGCCUUUCACUGAUGCCGUCAUCCAUGAGACACAGAGACUGGGCAACAUUGCCCCGAUGGCACUUCCUCACAAAACAAGCAAAGACGUAACUUUCCAGGGUCACUUCAUUAAGAAGGGGACCACAGUGUUUCCUCUCCUGACAUCCGUCCUGUAUGAUGAGAGUGAGUGGGAACACCCCCGCAGCUUUUAUCCUGCUCACUUCUUGGACAAAGAUGGGAAGUUCAUCAAGCGAGAUGCCUUCAUGCCUUUUUCUGCAGGUCGCAGGGCUUGUCCUGGAGAGAGUCUGGCCAGGAUGGAGCUCUUCAUCUUCUUCACCAGCCUCUUGCAACACUUUCGUUUUACUCCUGCUCCAGGAGUUUCGGAGGAUGAAUUGGAUUUGACUCCACGUGUAGGCGUCACCCUCAGCCCUUCACCUCAUAAACUGUGUGCUGUUUCCUGCAUGUGAGCAGUAGGGCUUGAAAAUGCUGCUUAGUCCCACUGUCAUGACUUUAAAUCAAUUUAAUUCCAGAGUAUUUUCUAAUUGUACAACUUGAUAGUUAAUGUAGUAAAACAGCAGAUAAUAUGUACAACUUCAUACAUUUCACUAUAACAAUUUUCACUUCCUCACUAUAGACCUGUAAAUGCAGAUCUGGCAAAGUACAAGGUAUUCUCUACAUCAACUAGUGUUUCUGGCUAUCAUGUCAUUAAAAUGUCAAUUGUAUUCAUGUUAAUCUUUGUCUGCAUUUCUUUGUAAAUCAUUGAGAAAUUGAUUCCACCAAAGUCAAAAACCUCAUUGAAGUGUUUAAGAAAUGAAGGAGGUGAGUACCUUAUUAAAAAAAUUCAUUAGGCGCCACA